AAUCCGAAAACAAACUUGGCAGAUGACUAUUUUGAUAUCCUUUAGGUUUUUGUAUUCCAGUUCCUCCCAUCAUUUCCUCUGAAUAGCUGAUCCAGUCCAUUGGGCAUAGAAAACACGCGAAGGUGUGUCGCAUCAAGCUUCCAACAAUUCCUGACUCAUUAUUGUAGGUUUGGUUCCUUGCAUUGGAGCGCUGAAGUAACAGGUAGGAGAAAAAUCUGCAGAACUGAGGGUCGCUGUGUCGAUCGAUCUAGAAGGUCUCUUAGUAGUCGACCAACGUGGAAUGUCAGCGCAGCUGUCGAAGAUAUCAGUAAUCACCUGAUCUUUGGCGGAUCUGAGCCCUUCAUUUCAGCAUGGAUACCAGAGUGCUGGUCUCCACACUGGUCAUAUUGUCUCUAGCGGCUUGCCAAGUAGAAAGUUUAGAUGGCGGAGCUAGGUGGAAAUGGCAUCGAAUCGAAUCCCCCUUUAAAAAGAUUGCGAAUAGAGGUGAUGGGGACGUGCAACCAACAGACGCACCCGCCAAUCCUGGUUUUCAAACAGGCGCGCCUGCUGAUCCCCCCACGCCGGUACCGAAAGCGUCUGAAGGAGAACAUGGACCGGAGGAGGCAAAUCCAAGCCUUGUUGACGCCCAAGGCACUGCGGAGCCGGAGCUUGUUACACAGACAACCCACCCCAUCCUACCUGAGGUUCAGGAUAGCACCGAUGCAGGACACACCGGGCAGCAAUCUCAUGAUCCACCGCACCACGAGGGCGGGCAACCAACGGAGCCGAGAGAAACUCCUGGUCUUCAAACACAAGCGGCUCCUGACCACCCCACUCCGGCACCGAUAACCUUUGAAGAACGUAAGCCAGAGCAUACAGAUCCAAGCCUUGGUGACGCCCAAGGCGUACCAACGCACACCAAGGCGCACCAGGAGGCCGGGCAACCCACGGACCCACCCGCUAUUCCCGGUUUUCAAACAGACACGCCUGCUGAUCCCGCCACACCGGUGCCGACAGCAUCUCAAGAAGAGCAUGGACUGGAUGAUGCAAAUCCAAACCUUGUUGACGGCAAAAGUUCUGCUCAGCCGUCGGAUGCAACUCCAGGCGAUGUUGCUGCCCAAAGCACUGCUGGAAUGGUGGAUGGCAUUCCAACCUCAACUGAUAGAUCUGCUGACACUUCAGAACAUGGGCCACCAAUAGGAAGAACCCCAGACCGCCCACUACAUCAAACCGGAGAGAGAACCGGGGACGGCAUCGCUGACAAACCCCAGGGUACUCCCCAGCAGCCCGGAGACAGCACGACCCAACCGCUGACGCACAUCCCGGAAUCGGAAGGUACUCGCGAGCGAUUCGGGCACAGCACAACCGAACCAGGCGAGCAGCCCGAAGGCGUGACAACUGAACUGCACGAAACAGAGGCGCCAGCCAAGCAUGCAAUCAAGUCGACGCACCGUUCCAACGCAACGCCCACAGUGCUUACUCCAGCUACAAAAGACGUGAUUCGCCAUACAACAGAGGCUGAUCAUCAUGCAACAGAGGCCGAUCAUCAUGCAACAGAGGCUGAUCAUUAUGCAACAGAGGCCGAUCAUCAUGCAACAGAGGCCGAUCAUCAGGCAACAGAGGCCGAUCAUCAGGCAACAGAGGCCGAUCAUCAUGCAACUGAAACCUUGACUCUCCAACCAACUGAAGCCGUAACACUUCCCCCAGAUGAAGUUCACACACUGAGUCCUGAGGCACUGUCCUCUAAACCCACUCCACUGACAACUGCUACUUCGUCGCCCACAACUACUUCAAGUUUGCACGUGUCCAGCCCGCCGGUUACUUCAGCCCAACGCACACGGUCAGCUCCAGCUAGUACUGUCGAACCGAGAGCCAGCGGACACGGCCCGCUGCCAGCUGCAACAGUGCUUGAUCAUGGCAGCGGACAUGGUCCAUCGCGGGUGACAGCCGUGCCUGUGCAUGGUGGUGGUGACGGUGGAGGGCAUGGCAGCGGUUACGGCCGAACGCCAACCGCCGCUAUUCCUCAACACGGCAGCGGACAUGCUCCCACCACGGUGGAACCGGUGCCUGUGCAUGGCGGUGGUGACGGUGGAGGGCAUGGCAGCGGUUACGGCCGAACACCGACAGCCGCUAUUCCUCAACACGGCAGUGGACAUGCUCCCACCACAGUAGCAACCAUGCCUGCGCAUGGCGGUGAGCAGAGGCCAGUGCCAGAGGCAACUGUACCUGGAGUGCCGAAACAAACUAGUCGCAUUGCUCCAACGAAGGCUGUUACUACUGGUGGCAAGUCCGUGCCUGUACAUUCAGGCAAUGUCCCACUGCCUGCUGUGGGUCAUGACUCAGAACAAGAGACACCAUCAGAAUCGGCAUUAUCUCCCAAUCCGACUACCAAGUAUACCACACAGCCCUUUGCAGCUGUUACGAGUAGCACCUCCAGCAUCUUCGUGCUGGUGCUGGGCGCCUGCGCUGGAUUUCUCCUAGCCAUUCUAGGCCUGGCGCUGUUCGUAUUGCGGUCGCGGAAGGGCAAGCUGCGCAGAGAAAGCGCCGAGUCGCGGCUCACGCUGAACAUCACCGAAUGCCAGUCUGUUCACGUGUCGCACCAGUCGUCGUCGCCGUCGUCAUCGUCACGGCCCAGGCUGGAGCCAAAGACCAGCUCAGUAUCGUUCAUGUCUGCCAAGGAGGCGGUGCUAGCGCUGGAAGAUCAGUACACCGACAUGGGCAGCUGUAUGGCGUCCAGGGAAGCGGAGGAGACUUACCAAUACCUGGACGACAAGAGCCCCGUGUACGACGGCAUUGGCAAUUAUUAUCGAUUCUCAGCCGAUCAGACUGCUGCGAGCAAAUCGGACGAAUACUACUCUGCUGAUGUUGAUGUGUCAGCUGUUGCGCCGACUCUGCCAGCCAGUAACUCAGCGUCGCUCACGCCUAACGCAGCAAUGUCUUACUCAAACUGUGGCCCAGUGGUUGUCACCAAGCUGGGUUCUGGAGCGCCCGAAGACUAUUUAGUAGCGUCGGAUCUGAAUAUGUCCUACAACCGCUCGGAUAACCCGCUCACUAACGUUGAGUCGGCCAGUUAUGUCGCCUCAAUGGAGAGCGAGGGUGGGUAUUGCAUGGCUCAGGACGAUGGAACUUUCUCCAUUCCGUCCGCGGGGAAGCCACGGAGGAGCAGCGCGAUUAGUGUUGACUCUCUGCGGCAGCUGGGCAAACGGUUCACGAAAGGAGGUGCCGGCACCGGAAAGACCAAAGACGGUUCAUCGGAUCGGUACGCUACCCCGCUGAAGGAGACGAAGCUGGAUUGGCGAGGAAAGACGUCAGCAGCCCUACAGCCCAACCUGCUGCAAGAAUCAUCCACGCCCACGAGCGCUCUUCCAUUCUUGAACGCCAGGGCUGCAUCCCCUGCUUGCAGCAUGAUGACACCACUCGAUAAUAACGGUGACCAGCUAAUGGACGAGGAAGACAGGGUCAAGACCAAAUGGUGAAUGCACCGCAGAGCAUAGCGAGCGCGUGUGUGGGCGAAUUGUGUAACGGCAACCUCGCCAAUUCUGAUCGGCCCAGGUGCAUUGCGAGUGCUCUGUGCCAGCAUCUCUACGCGAAUACGGCCCGAUGUGCCGGUACAUCUGAGACUUGUUGCGCUUGGUAUGGUGACGAGCUUGGCAGCACAGCACGAUAUUGUUAUGGCAUUGCAACCGCAUGCCCACGCGCUGCUUGCAAGCCACAUUGGCAUACUGGUAUGUUUGUGAACAGAGGUUAUUACGUCCCUGGUCUGAUUUGUUUCCGUUUUUCUAUCAUGUAAUCUAGUAUUUUUUUGUUUUGCUUCACUUCCCCAGAAGCUUGAGUGUACGUAGUUGUGUAAGCGAAGGUGGACGCGAAUAUUAUGCUGAGAAAAGUACUGUCUUCCGAGCGAUGCUCGCGGUGCCUACAAUUAUGUGCUACACCUUGGUCCAAUCGUCAUUUCAACUAUACAUGCAUUUCCUAGCGUACCUGUACGUGUGUUUUCAACGUCAGCCUACCCGAUAUAACCAGGCUGUAUGUAUGUAGUGCAAACUGAAAUUUCUCAUUGCAUGCAACUGUAGAGCAUAUCCAGUCCUAUGCAUCAGUGUCAUGCAUAUGCAUGUGACUGGACAAGCUUCACAGUUCUGCUUCUACAUGUAUAAUAAUUAUUAUGUUCCGAAUAGUCAUACUUAUCGCUCUUUCUCACCGAGCUCAUUUCUAGUUCUUGUCACAUUGUGCGUUACCUUUUCAAAAGCUUUCGAUUUUCCGUCCUACAGACCACCCAUCACAAUAAUAACAUUGUUACUGGCGCUUGAGCCGAAUUGAGGGCCUCCUAGCCCUAAGUAACUAGUUCCCUUGAGAGCAAUCUCCCUCAAUCCGUUUCGAGUUCUUUUGUUUGUCUUGGAAAACAACUUUUAGAAGCGUGCU